AUGUCCCCGCCAACAGACAUCAGCGGCGCUGCCCGCAAUCUCGCAGACCAGGUCUCAACCAGCCUGAAUCUCUCCGUCUCGCCCUCUCCUCUCUCCGGCUUCGAUGCUCGAGCAGGCAGACAGGGCCCCGUCUCUCGUCCAAAGCCGCUCAAGCCCUUCGCCACCCAGGAUAUCAAGGUCCUGCUGCUCGAGAAUGUCAACAUCACCGGCCGCAGCAUGCUCUCGGAGCAGGGCUACCAGGUCGAAUUCCUCAAGUCCUCGCUCCCAGAAGACCAAUUGAUCGAGAAAAUCAGGGAUGUGCAUGUCAUCGGUAUCCGAUCCAAGACCAAACUGACGGAGAGAGUGCUCAAGGAGGCGCAUAACCUGCUGGUCAUCGGAUGUUUCUGCAUCGGAACGAACCAGGUUGAUCUACAGUAUGCCGCCAACAACGGAAUUGCGGUGUUUAACUCUCCAUUCAGCAAUUCCCGCAGUGUUGCUGAGCUGAUGAUUGCCGAGAUCAUCACCCUUGCUCGCCAAUUGGGUGACCGAUCGCUUGAGAUGCACAAUGGCACAUGGAACAAGCUCAGCAAUAAGUGCUGGGAGGUCCGUGGGAAGGUUCUCGGUAUAAUUGGAUACGGACAUAUUGGCUCCCAGCUCUCUGUCCUGGCAGAGGCCAUGGGCAUGACAGUCAUUUACUACGAUGUAGUCAACUUGAUGGCCAUGGGAACCGCCAGACAGGUGCCUACGAUGCAACAGCUGCUCAACACAGCCGAUUUCGUCACCCUGCAUGUUCCAGAGCUACCCGAGACCAAAAACAUGUUCUCCACCCAACAGUUCGAGCAGAUGAAAGAUGGCAGCUAUCUUCUUAACGCUAGUCGUGGAAGCGUGGUCGACAUCCCUGCCCUGGUCCAUGCCAUGCGUACCGAGAAGAUCGCCGGUGCAGCCUUGGACGUGUACCCGAGCGAACCCCGGGGUAACGGAGAUUACUUCAACAAGGAUCUAGCACCCUGGGCGGCUGACCUGCGAAGCCUGAAGAAUAUCAUUCUCACCCCACAUAUUGGAGGCAGCACCGAAGAGGCGCAGAGUGCCAUCGGUAUCGAAGUCGGACAGGCUUUGAUAAGAUAUGUCAACGAGGGAACCACCCUUGGCGCAGUUAACAUGCCAGAGGUCACUCUUCGAUCUUUGACCAUUGACGAGCCAAACCAUGCCAGAGUCAUCUUCAUCCACAACAACGUCCCCGGUGUGCUUCGAAAAGUCAACGAGAUCCUCGGUGACCACAACGUUGAUAAACAGAUGACUGACAGCAGAGGAGAUGUUGCCUAUCUGAUGGCCGACGUCAGCGAUGUCGACUCUGAAAACAUCAAAGAUCUAUACGACCGACUUGAGGGUCUCUCAUCCCGAAUUAUGACCCGUAUCCUCUUCUAG